AUGUCAACAGCCACGCAACAGCCACGCCACAGCCACAGCCACGCCACAGCCACAGCCACAGCCACAGCCACACCAUCGGACGACUCGGACGAAGAAGAAGAAGAAGAAGAAGAAGAAGAAGAAGAGUCUCGGGGAUACUGGGGAAACAAAGCUGAGUUUAUCCUCACGGUGAUGGGCGCCAUCAUCGGCCCGGGAAACGUUUGGAGGUUUCCAUAUUUGUGCUACAGGAACGGAGGAGGUGUUUUCUUCAUUCCCUACAUUCUGUUCAUCUUCACGUGCGGGAUUCCUCUGUUUUUCCUCGAGACUUCGCUGGGACAGUUCACCAAUCAAGGAGGAAUCACGUGUUGGAAAAAGAUAUGCCCGCUUUUUCAAGGAAUGGGCUAUGCCAGUCACUUGAUUAUCUCCUUCAGUGCCACGUCUUACAUCAUUAUUAUGGCGUGGGCCUUCUUUUACCUGUUUGCAUCCUUCAGCGCGCACCUGCCCUGGGCCUCGUGUGGAAACGAGUGGAACACAGCCUCCUGUUUGGACCCGAGCCAGCCCAACGCGAGCCUGAGUGUCAUAUCCAAAUACAACACCACUCUCCCCGUGGUGGAGUACUGGCAGCGCCGGGUGCUGAAGAUCUCCACGGGCAUCGAGGACGUGGGCGGCCUGAGGUGGGAGCUGGUGCUGUGUCUCAUUUUGACCUGGGUUAUCUGCUACUUCUGCGUCUGGAAGGGCAUCAAGUCCACGGGGAAGGCCGCAUACUUCACCGCGACUUUUCCCUACGCGAUGCUGUUGAUCUUAUUGAUCCGAGGAGUGACUCUGCCCGGUGCGGUCGACGGCAUCGUUUACUACCUCUACCCCGAUAUUUCACGUCUUUCUGAUCCGCAGGUUUGGAUGGACGCCGGGACGCAGAUCUUCUUCUCCUACGCCAUCGGGCUGGGGUUUCUAACGUCACUCGGAAGUUACAACCAAUUCCAAAAUGACUGUUACAAGGAUUGUUUCUACCUGUGUCUUCUAAACAGCGGCACCAGUAUCGUGGCCGGGUUUGCCAUUUUCUCCGUUUUGGGAUUUAUGACUUAUGAAACUGGGCUGGACAUCGCAGAAGUGGCAGAAUCAGGCCCCGGUUUGGCGUUCAUCGUUUACCCUCGUGCGGUGGCCAUGAUGCCGAUGCCUCAGGUCUGGUCCGUCUGCUUCUUCCUCAUGAUCAUCCUCCUCAGCCUCGACAGCCAGUUUGUGGGCUUGGAGUGUCUCAUGACUUCACUGGUGGACCUGUUUCCGGUUUAUUUACGCCAAGGCUUCAGACGAGAGCUCCUCCUGCUGCUGAUCUGCUCCGUCUGCUGUUUACUGGGACUCUCUUUGGUCACAGAGGGCGGCAUGUACCUGCUUCAGCUGCUGGACCACCACGUUUGCAGUGGGACCACUCUGUUGUUGUUGUCGUUCUGCCAGGCUGUGAGCAUCGGAUGGGUCUACGGGGCAGACCGUUUCUAUGACGACAUCUCACACAUGAUUGGAUAUCGUCCAAACAUAUUCAUGAAAUACUGCUGGAAAUAUGUCACGCCGUUUGUAAUCUUUGGCACGUUCGUGUUCUCCAUAGUGAGGUACAGCCCUCUGAAGUUCAGUAACUCUUACGUUUAUCCGCUGUGGGCCAACAUCCUGGGCUGGUUCAUCGCCACCGUGUCCCUGUCCUUGAUCCCACUGUUCAUCAUCUACCAGCUCGUCCACGGAAAGGGCACUCUGAAACAGCGGUAUCUGAAACUUUGCCAGCCCUCGGACGAAUUCAGCUCGAAUCAAAAAUGGCCAGUUACCAAACCAGAUCCAAGUGAACUCAAACAGCUGACCAAUAACACGCAGCUUGCAGCGUGA